AUGCAUUCUCACUCACAAACACUCAAAAUGAUCACUCCAGAUCAUUCGUUCACCUUCUCGAAUCUCGCCUCUGUGGGCUUUACCCUGGCAGAGCAUACGCAUCCGACGGCGCCCGACACCCGGAUGGUUCAGGAUAUUGGCAGCAAUUCAUUACCAGCAAGAGGUGGAGAGCAGACCAUGUCUUGGACGAAAGGCUGUUAUUUCGGAGAGAGCGGGCGGGACGAUGUUGCUCUCUGCUGGCAGGACAUGGAGGCACUGCAAUCAUUCUGUGUUGGCAUCGAGUCUCCCGAACGAGGCUUCUUCAAGCCCAUCCAGUCGCACUAUAAAACCAAGUACAACGACGGUAACACAAACGCAGCGUGGACCUUCCCUUCGGAAAACCCGGCAGAUCCGUACACGUUUCCCAACGGCAUGAACUAUCAUAUCACGAUAACAAGCUACGCUGUAAAGGACCAGUUGAAGCUAAACAUCACAAUCGAGGACAAGGUUCCCGCUUCGAAGAGUGAAGAAAAACAAUAG